GAUUACAAGGAGUUCCAGUCCAGCUUUGCCAGUCGUAUCGAUGAUGAAAUGUCGUCGUUUGCACUAACCCCACAAAUAGCCGACGAAGCACUUCCGGAACUAGUGGCUCAGUUACUGACAGCAAACUGGCCGAGAGCUCACGCUCGUUCUAAUUUUGAAUCUAAUGAAAUUUUGUUUCAAAUAAUCACGCAACUAAAACGUUGGAUAAUGGCGAUCACUGAUGAAGUAUUUAUUGACGAAGAAGACACAAAUAUGAUGUCCCGUUGUGCUCAGGGUUUAGCAGAAAUAUGCAGUUAUGGAAAAAGAAGGUUUUGGUUGAAGUGGCCAGAAUUACUGGACGAAAUUUAUUCGGCUGCAGAAGAUGUGCUAACUUCUAAUACACAACUCUCUAGGGGUGCUAAAUCAUCUUUACUAAAAACAAUGAUACAUAUGCCGGAGUGGACGAAACGUGACACUAAAUCAACAAUUAACGUCAGUACGCAAACACCUUCUCUUUACUAA